AUGAAUCAUGCUUUAACAAAAAAAUUUGAUAAAAUCUUGUCGAAAUUAUCUAAUAAACAUAAAGAUUCAAAAGUACAUAAUAGUGAUCCAACCGAUUGUCGUUAUUAUCAAGAUAAUAUACAAGUUGAUGGAGAUAAUGGAUUUCAACAAGAAUCAAUUUUACAUCGAAUGAAAAGUCAUCUUGGACAUACAAUGAAAACUGAACAACAACGUCCACAUCCUGAAGGUGUACCACCAUUUCAUGUUAUUUAUGAAGAUCUUAAAAAUUCACCAUUUAAAGUUUAUGGUUUACGUUUUGUUGUUUCUAUUACAGGCAAAGGUGGUCAAUUUAAUAUUGUCAAUUUAUUUUUAGCAAUUGGUUCGGGUAUUGGUUUUAUGGUUAUUGCUGGAAUUGUUUGUGAUGCUAUUCUUAUGUAUGUUCAUAGAUCUCGAGAGACAUAUAAACGAGGAAAAUUUAGUAUAUGUGAAGUUGAUAAUGAUGGAAUGAGAGCUCAAAUUUUAGAACAUUCACAUGCAUAA